AUGUCAAAAAUAAACCUUCAAAAGCUGAUUGCCGUUUUGAAAGAAAACGGAUGUACUCCCUGUCAGUGGAAUAAUGUAAAAUGUGGUGAUGAUAUCGUCAUUGAGUCUUGCAAAGCAUGUUUUGAUCAGAAUACAUGUUUGAAAAAUCGAAAAAUGAUUAGACGAGUAAGUCGACAACAUGUAGUAAUGAGUGACUUAGUAUUAUACUGUAUUCAAAUUUUAAAUGUAAAAAAACAUAAUUGCAAUAUUGCAUAUCAAAUUUGCAUGCUUCACUGUUGA